AGCUAUCGGAACCGAAAACUUAACGUACGGUUGAUUAAACGCGAAUCACGUGGUUCCGAUAGAAACUGGUUUUUAUCGUAUUCGUUAGCUUAACGAUACUACUCAGAAUAGGCCCCCGGGGAAACUCCACCUGGCCACUUCGGUUAUGAGUUCGAGCGAGGCGCGAACUCAUGACCGAACUUCCAGUGUUCGGGGACGAAGACCGCUUGGCCACCACUUAUUCGCUGCUCAUCUCGUAAUGCAGGGUUGGUGACGUUACAUCGAUACGCCCACUCGACCUUAUUUACAUACUUUAACUCCUGCAAUCUUCUUUCCACGUGGCGUCAUCACCUUGGCAUAAUUAUUUUUUAACUUUUCGGUGACAAUUUUGGUGAGAGAUGGUUCUUUUAACUUCUCUUCGGAAGUGUUCCCGAGAUGUCAUUUCCGGGUCGACGACGCAUUCGAUUGGUCCCGGCCAAUCGUGGCAGUAAGAAUGGAGAUCUGUUGUGAUGCUGUAUCUUACCAAGAGAAAGAUGUAAAUUUUAUGACUGCCUUGUCCUGUUUGGUUCCUAAUGAUGUUAAGAAAUUUUAUUUCUUGUGCUUGGAUCAUAUGUCCAAAGACUGUCCAAAAACUGCAGAAGAAUUUUUUUUAUUAUGGAAUAUAAGUGAAAAUGAUAAAUAUAAUUUAUUAAAAGAACUUUUAUUUUAUAUUAAAAAAUAUAAGCUGUUGAUCAUGUUAAAUACUUGUCGCCAUCAGAUGGAAACUAACCUGAAAAAAGGUUCAGCUAUUAUUGAUUCUGGAAGAUUAAUAUUAUACAAUCUUUGUGAAGAUCUCAGAAAUUCAGACAUAGAAGUUUUAAAAACAGUAUUAAAUAUAAAAGAUGUACCAACUAAUCCUGAAUGGAGAAAUGUUGCUGGAGAAGAGUUUUUUUGUUUUUGGUUGAGAGAAAUCACUAGAGAAAAAAUUAAAGAAUUACAGAAUGCUUUAAAAUCAAUCAAAUAUAAGGAAAUCAGAAAAUUUGAAAAUGAAUUUAUAAGUUACUUUGGUAAGAAUUUAUUUUAAUAAAUAUCUCUGAAUAUUAUGAUGAAAAUAAAAAGGGAAAGAGGAAAACAUUAUGGCUUUUGGAUAUUUUCAUAAUGUCUAAGACCAUGCCACUUAAGCAAUUCGAUAGAAUUGAUAAUUUUAUUUUGUUCUAAAAAUGAUUUAAUGUAUAUAUGAUAGUCUUAUAUUGUUGCAGGUUUAGUAAAUCAUAGAU